AUGGGGGACUUGCAGGAGGAUUUCGAAGACGUGCUGGAAGAGAUUCUAGAGCCAGAAGAAUAUGAAGACCCCGGUGACCCCGUGCUCCAGGUGGAGGAGCCAGAAGCUCACCACACCGAGCCAACAGCCACAGACUACCACGCCACAUCGUACCCAGGCACUCACGAGGUCUACGUGGAGCUGCAGGAACUGGUGAUGGACGAGAAGAACCAGGAGCUGCAAUGGAUGGAAGCGGCACGCUGGGUGCGACUAGAGGAGAACCUGGGGGAGGACGGGGCCUGGGGCCGCCCGCACCUGUCUUACCUCACCUUCUGGAGCCUCCUGGAGCUGCAGAGAGUCUUUGCCAAGGGUACUGUCCUUCUGGACCUGUCAGAGACCUCCCUGGCUGGGGUGGCCAACCAGCUGCUGGACAGGUUUAUCUACGAGGAGCAGAUCCGGCCCGAGGACCGAGAUGAGCUGCUCCGGGCCCUGCUGCUCAAACACAGCCACGCUGGAGACCUGGAGGCCCUGGGGGCUGUGAAGCCCACAGUCAUGGCGCGCUCUGGGGAUCCUUCACAGCCUCUGCUUCCCCAAAGCCCCUCACUGGAGACACAGCUCUUCUGUGUGCAGGGAGAGGGGGGCUCGGAAGAGCGCUCAACAUCUGGAAUUCAGGAGAAGAUUCCCCCGGAUUCAGAGGCCACGCUGGUGCUAGUGGGCCGCGCUGCCUUCCUGGAGCGGCUGGUUCUGGGCUUCGUGCGGCUGAAGGAGCCAGCAGCGCUGGAGGCCCUGGAGCUGCCCCUGCCUGUGCGCUUCCUCUUCGUGUUGCUGGGACCCGAGGCCCCCCACACCGACUACACCCAGCUUGGUCGGGCUGCUGCCACCCUCAUGUCAGAGAGGGUGUUCCGCACAGAUGCCUACCUAGCGCAGAGCCGGGGAGAGCUAGUGCGCUCCCUGGAGGGCUUUCUGGACAGCAGCCUGGUGCUGCCCCCCACAGACGUCCCCUCUGAGCAGGCCCUGCUCAGUCUGGUGCCCGUGCAAAGGGAGCUGCUUCGGAGGCGCUACCUGCCCAGCCCUGCCAAGCCAGACCCCACCUUCUACAAGGGCCUAGAUUUGAAUGGGGGCCCAGGGAGCCCUGGUGUUCCAGAUGACCCUCUGCAGCGAACAGGCAGGCUCUUUGGAGGCCUCGUACGUGACGUCCGGCGCCGCUACCGCCACUACCUGAGUGACAUCACUGACGCGUUCAGCCCCCAGGUCCUGGCUGCCGUCAUCUUCAUCUACUUUGCUGCCCUGUCACCUGCCAUUACUUUUGGUGGCCUCCUGGGAGAAAAGACCGGGAACCAGAUGGGGGUGUCAGAGCUGCUCAUCUCUACUGCAGUGCAGGGCGUCCUCUUCACACUGCUGGGGGCUCAGCCGUUGCUCGUGGUUGGCUUCUCAGGACCGCUGCUGGUGUUUGAGGAAGCCUUCUUCUCGUUCUGCGAGACACACCAGCUGGAGUACAUCGUGGGCCGCGCGUGGAUCGGCUUCUGGCUCAUCCUGCUGGUGGCGCUGGUGGUGGCCUUUGAGGGCAGUCUCCUGGUCCGCUUCAUCUCCCGCUACACCCAGGAGAUCUUCUCCUUCCUCAUCUCCCUCAUCUUCAUCUAUGAGACCUUCUCCAAGCUGAUAAAGAUCUUCCAGGACCAUCCACUGCAGAAACAUUAUGACUCCAAUGUGAUGAUUACAUCCAAACCUCAGGCCCCCCUGCCCAACACAGCCCUCCUCUCCCUCGUGCUCAUGGCUGGCACCUUCUUCUUCGCCAUGAUGUUGCGCAAGUUCAAAAACAGCUCCUACUUCCCCGGAAAGCUGCGUCGGAUCAUCGGGGACUUCGGGGUCCCCAUCUCCAUCUUGAUCAUGGUCCUAGUGGAUUUCUCCAUCCAGACCACCUACACCCAGAAACUCUCCGUGCCGGAUGGCCUCAAGGUGUCCAACUCCUCAGCCCGGGGCUGGGUCAUCCACCCACUCGGCUUGUAUAAAGACUUCCCUAUCUGGAUGAUGUUUGCCUCCGCCCUGCCAGCUCUGCUGGUCUUCAUCCUCAUAUUCCUGGAGUCUCAGAUCACCACGCUGAUUGUCAGCAAACCUGAGCGCAAGCUGAUCAAGGGCUCCGGCUUCCACCUGGACCUGCUGCUGGUGGUGGGCAUGGGCGGGGUGGCUGCGCUCUUUGGGAUGCCCUGGCUCAGUGCCACCACCGUGCGUUCUGUCACCCACACCAACGCCCUCACUGUCAUGGGCAAGGCCAGCACCCCAGGGGCUGCAGCCCAGAUCCAGGGUGUCAAGGAGCAGCGGAUCAGUGGGCUCCUGGUCUCUGUACUCGUGGGCCUGUCUAUCCUCAUGGAGCCCAUCCUGUCCCGCAUCCCCCUGGCUGUGCUGUUUGGCAUCUUCCUCUACAUGGGGGUCACAUCCCUCAGUGGCAUCCAGCUCUUUGACCGCAUCUUGCUUCUGUUCAAGCCACCCAAGUUCCACCCGGAUGUGCCCUACGUCAAGCGGGUGAAGACCUGGCGCAUGCACCUGUUCACAUGCAUCCAGAUCAUUUGCCUGGUAGUGCUGUGGGUGGUGAAGUCCACGCCUGCCUCACUGGCCCUGCCCUUUAUCCUCAUCCUCACUGUGCCCCUGCGACGCUUCCUGCUGCCACUCAUCUUCAGGAAACUGGAGCUCCAGUGUCUGGAUGCCGAUGAUGUCAAGGUGACCCUUGAUGAGGAGGAAGGUCGGGAUGAAUAUGAUGAAGUGCCUAUGCCUGUGUGA